CAGCGAAUGCGGUAUUGUUUUUGAUCGACUACGCUUUCGCGUCCUUUUUCGCUACGGAUUUCAACCAGUUGCGUAUGAACCGUAUCCGCGAGCGGACGUGGGAAAUUGGCCAGUAGAUAGUCGUUCGGGCGUUGUGCGUAAAAUCUUUAUCUGGCGAGACCGUUCGUGGAAUAUAGCUAAAUAUAGCGGUUCGAGCUGCCACACCGGCUUCGUCACAAUUACCACCACUAUCAUAGUCAUAACCGAAACCAUUCAACAGGUGCCGAUCUUUCCGGACGAAGUUGCCGUGUAGUGAGUGUGCCAAAAUUUUAGGCAGAUCAAAUUUAUUCAGUGUGUCUGCGUGUGAUUCGCGUUUGCGUGUAUGUUGUGGACCACAUCGAACUGGUCAAAAGUGAGCAUAUUUUACGCCUGUUCAAAGAUUACGGCAUUACGACCGACGGUGCUACGAAAUUAAGAAUUUAAAUCACCUAAAUAAGACUGCUCACAGCAGGACCGACCGAAUACAACAGUUGGAAACCAUUCCUUCAUAUCUCCGGCGCUACCUGGAUGGGGCGAAGUGCACGCUGAUCCGACCGUUGUUGGAACCAAUCUUAUUCGAAGAAUUGAUUUGCUGCCCACGAUAAUUACGCUCUCCAUCCUUCAACCCGGCAAAGGAAAGACACAUAAACACAUUUCGCAGUCGUCUAUAGGAAAUCUUCGCCAGUAGCAGAACGCUUGAAGCUCGAAACUAUUAGAUCAUUUUAUUUCUACACCGUGCCCAUUUUACGACCCCCGAGGUCAACUCGUUUCCCGAACCCACCCGCUACAGAGCAUCAACGCGAACCACCAACGUCACCGAAUUGCAUCAUCAUCAUCAUCGUCCUCGCCACUGCCAGCGUCAAGUCAGGAAGGAAACCUGCAAAGAAAUGGAUCGACUCAGUUCAAACAUUUGCUGAACCACUCCCCGGACUGUAGAGUGAUAGCUCGUAUAGUAGAUAAUAGAGCCGUUGUAGAACAGCAUAUAGCUCCAGAAGCUGCCGAUUGUGUUCACCCAUGUAGUGUUCGUUAAUCGUUAGUUAGUUUUCCCACGCGACACGCGGUUCUGAUUUCGGACUAGAAAGAACGCACACGUGGGUGUUUUCGUGUGAUUUGACGAGGAUUUUGAAAAGUGAAAGCGAAACCAUCAACGUGCAUCCCUGUGAAGUAAAACAAGAUGGGAGCGCCACCUGUCAAGAAGCCAUUAGUCAACCGAAACCUUGUAUCGCUCAAGGUUGUUCUGUUUCUGUUCUAUGCCGGUCUAGGAUGCCUCCACCCGUACCUUCAGAAGCACAUGACGCUAAUCGGUCUCAACUAUAAAGAAUCUCAAAUAAUCUCAGUGGUAGCUCCGUUGAUAGCCAUUCUGGGCCCAUUGAUCGUCGCACCACUUGCGGAUCGACUUGCCGGAACUAAUGGAUCAUCGUACGGGAAACGGCUUCGGCUGUUGGCCUCCUUCUGUAUGAUAUUUUCCGCCAUCCUGUAUGCGAUCCUAUUCUUUGCUGUUCCCACAGUUGAGCGACAUGAGUCGAGCCGUUCUCAGGUUAGCUUUGCGUGUGACCUGGAUGGCGCCAUCAUCUUCCAGCAGCGUUGCUCCGAGGAACGUACCUGUUACCAAUGGAAACGAGAGAAGAUUGGCCAUCUAUCGCUCACCAACUGUUCCUACACGUGUCAAAAACCGAUUGAGUUCGAAAACCUGAAUCACCCGUACACCAAAGGAGUGACCAUUUCCCCCUCAACGGAAAGUUCAAUUGAGGACGACGAGUAUGAUUUGAUCGAUGAAGAUGCAGAUUCGGCACCAGCUCACCUGGAAAUGCCUCGGGUUGAUGUGGAUAAUACCCCAAUCCCUGUGCCACACAUUUGUGAACGGCGAGGAGGUCCCGAUACGGAAAUAUGCCACGCCUAUACUAAAGCCACGGAAUCGUUAAAGUUCGAAACUGUACUGCGAAGUGCAGUCAAUGAGGAAAACGAAACGCAUAGCGCAGAAUGGUGCCGUUAUCCGUUGGAUGGCUUCUCGUGCAACAUCCCGGAGAAGCAAGUGAUUUGGAUGAAAUUGUUGAUCAAUUCGUCCAACUGCACUCCGAAGAUCGAAUGCGAAGUUAAUAACCCAUACGACAGCGAUGAUAGCGUAUUAGCUGAGAGUGUGUGUAUGAGGAUCGUUGGAGAUCCACAGGUUACCUUUUGGUCAUAUUUGCUACUUCGCUCGUUCGCAGAUGCUUUCCCAUUAGCGGCCAUCGUUCUGUUGAAUGCGGCUACAAUUAUUGCAACACGGGAAACGUCUACCGGUCGUGGAGACUUUGGUCGUCAAAUCGUCUGGGGUGCCAUAGGUUGGGCAUUGUUCUACUUCGUAUUCUCGUGGGUCUUCGAAACCUAUUAUGUGUACAUAGCGCUAGUGGUUUUAGCUGCUAUUGUACUACUAUGCUCCUCUGGAAUGCCAUUAACACCACCGGAAAUGUGGUGGCAUACGAAGUGUGGAAUGGUUGCGAUUCCAAUGUCAGCUAUCAGACGAUACGUUCCAGAGGCGGCUGGAAUUUGCUUCGUCACCCUAGUUCUCGGAACAUUCUGGAGUGUUUUGGAUAACUACGAAGGCGUUUUGGUCAAGAAUUUCAACGUUCAUCCUGUGACUGACGAAUACUAUGGAACGACUUGGAGUGUGUUUGUUAUUCUGGGAGCACUGCUGGUUAUCCCCAUAUUGUGGUAUGCAGAGAAUAUCAUAGACUACUGCGGGCAUUCGAAUAUCUUGAUCGCUGCUGUUACCACAUUUAUCUUCCGGUUCUCUUUGCUAGCCUGCUUAGAUGUCACUUGGUGGAGAGUGAUCAUUGAUUUCCUCUAUCCAGUAUCUCUAGGGCUAACCUGGCUGACGGUCGUUUUCUACAUGCGUCACAUCAUACCUCGACGUAUAAUCACUACCGGCCAAGCUUUGCCCGUUAUAUUCCACUUUUGUUUGGGUCGGUUUUUCGGUGCUCUUAUUGGAACAUGGACUAAACUUGACUGCCUUAUCGUCACCUUCCAAGUACUAGCCAUCACUGCCUGCGUCGUUGCAAUCGUUUACUUUUUGCUGUAUCACCUGGUUCUUGCUCCACGGUGCGCCGCCCGACUCAACACAAUGCCUUCAGCAUCUGCACUAAACAUUACCGCACCGGACACGAAUGGCCAAUCGCAGCCUCCACAAACACAGCCCCUACAACCCUCGAAUGGCAGCUAUCAGCCCCUGCGAAUUUAUCACAACAAUCAAGGCCGGAAAGGUCACUUCAGAUACUAAACUUUAGCUUCCUUUGCAUCGAUGAGGCAUCUAGUCUUCGUCAGUUGGAGCGCGAAAAAGGCGAACUUUUGUCCUCGGACAAAUAUCCUUAGUAGCACGCAAAAUUGGUACCAAAAUGUACUCGGACUUUUGAAGAAUCCGUUCAAAAUAUAGAUUAUUUAUUGUAUGUAGUUUUUUUAACAGAAAUAAGGGCAAUUGAAUUCAAACCAUUAGCCAGACUGUAGCUUUUAGAACCGUUGAAAAUGCAUUGUAUUAUUUUUGACAUUUUUCUCUAGUUCUAGUGUAAAAUCAAAACGUUUAAGUCAGAACAUACCAAUUUUUGGUAAAUCGUGAACUACAUUAUACUCGUUUUGUGCGGCGAAUCUCUACACUAUUACAUAUUUACGCUUAAAUACUACUAAUAAGAUAAGACAGGAACUUGCAAUUGUUGAGUGAUUGUCACUGAAAACAAACAUACAGUAUAAGAGCUGAGAGCGAUUAUCUAAAAUAAACUGAUCCGGUUUUGAAAAGUAUCUGUAACCAAAACAACCGCAGUGCUGCUCGUUUAAAACAUAAGUGUACCUUACAAUUUGAAACGAAAAGCAAGCUUAUAUGACAUCUAUAUGCCAACAAUAUGUUCCACAUUAACGCGUUCAGUGUCAUAAAGCACAAAGCAGUGUUGAAAAGCCUUGAUAAAAUGUCUUUCGAAGUUCGACCAUUUAUGGGAAUUAAAAUAUGCUAAGCCGAAAAACGAAUGCGAAAAAAUACAGAUCAAUCCACUAAUGAUAACAAUCAAUACUCUUACAAAAUAGUCAGUGAUGAAAAUAUUUAAUAAAAACAGAUAUAUUUAAUAACCAGAAAAAUACGCCCUAAUGUUAAAAUGAUGAGCAAAUUUAAACGAUCCACGGUAUAUUUUCUUGUUACUGCGAAAUACUUAUAAGUAAGCCAGCACCGGCACAAUGUUGACAAAUGCGCAACCAAAACCCAUAAUUGACAGCUGUAAUUCUACUUUAUAUUUGUAAAUAAAAUGAAGGACUAAGGUU